CGUAUGUGUAUCGUAACAAGUAUAUGAUUAUAAAGCGAGUCAGGUUAGUAUUAUCCGUGAUAUUAUAACUUGAAAUUCUAACCAUGUUAAACAUCUAGCUUGAGCCUGAGAAUAAAGGAUAAGUAUUUUUUAGUUUGACUUUUGUUAUAGGUUAUUUACUUUAUAAAAUUUUUAUGGUGUAUGUAUAUAAGGAAAAAUUAUAACCUCUUUAGAUAAAUAUGGAUGCAGAUUUUGAAGAAUUAUCGCAUGACGUAGAUCUUAUUGCAAAAGUUAAACAAUACCGUGAUGCAACGAUGAAAAUUCAAGAUACAAUUAAAUAUGCCGCAAAUCCAGCAGUAUAUGAAAAACUUUCUGAUACAGAUAAAAUACAAUAUAAUCUAUUGAUGUCUUACUGCCUAAAUAGUGUGUUUUGGAUGUAUUUGCGUGCAGAAGGAAUUGACCCAGCAAAGCAUCAAAUAAAGUCAGAAAAUGAUCGUUUAAAAAGGUCUAUGACACGUGCAAAACAAAUUAAUGACAAGAACACAUUUAUGCCUCGUGUAAACAAGGAUGCAGCACAAAGAUUUAUUAGGAAUGGAUUGUGGGAAAUGAAGAAUAAAAAAAAAUGAUAUGAGAAUAAUGGAUGUAAAAUUGUAUGUAAAUAAAUUUGUUUUAUAAAUUAA